GCAUAGAAAAACUUCGUCCAUUUUCUUUCAAGCAUCCCAUGGCCUCCUGGCUCAGUGGCCGUGUGGCUUCUUUGGUGCGGGAGUUGGGUGCCGACGAGCUGACGGCGACCUUGGAGCAACGUGCCAGAGCCUUGAGCUCACCGCAUAGCGCAGCAUGGCUUCUAUCCCACUGGCUGGAGCAGUGCAGCAACUCAGAGGUCUAUGUGCUUCAAAUGAAAACAGGUUCAUGGCAUCUGAGCUUUAUGCAGGUGCUCCUACGGUCAAAUGCAUUUGAGUUGGCUUUGGAGUCUUGCGCCAAACAAUCCUCCUUACGCGAAGCCUUAACACCAGGCACCAAUGCUUCCUCCCAGCUGCUCGAGCACAGCCGUGCUUUGCGCCAGGCCUUGCACCAAAUGGCCGAACGGCUGUUGCUGCCUGGAGCUCUAGAAGUUUGGCCUUCUUUGUUUGAUGCACUUUUGACUGAUGCCACCCAUGCACCUUUGCCCUGGGAUGCUUGGGCCCGUCGACUCAUCACCGCCUUGAAGCGGCCGUGGCAGAGCGAAGCACUAGGACCUCAGCUUUCGCGUUGGGAUGGCAAAGCUGCUGAAGAGGCGAGCGCCAAUGGAUAUGAGGAGACCACCGCGUCUGCGGCGAGCACCAGUGCAGCUCUCAAAGGAGGUGCCAAGCUCUCAAAGCAGAGCAUCAGAGCCGAGAUGACGAGAAGGCGGCUGCCACAGCUCACCCUGGAGGCCAACCGUUUGCGGCGCCGCACCGAGCUCCUGUGCCAAAUCCUUGAAGCUUUGAGGGUAGUGGAUGAGCAGAACAAUGCUGGAUCCAAAGAGAUUCAGCAGCUCAUUUCUGAUGCGGGGUUGGCUUUGGAGUCCUUGGACAGUGGCUUAGAAGGCUCAGAGGCUGAGCAGAAGUCUUUGGGCCAAGCCUUGAGCGACUGCAGUGGCGAGUUGCAACGACAAAUGGCCGCGGUGAUGCUCACGCAGGAGGCCUUUGUCGAGCGCCGUGGCAAACUGCAAGAUGAACGUGCCAAGCUGCAGAAGCGCUUCGAGGAGCUGAAUGCAGAGAUAACCCAGCUCGACACAGAGGUGCGAAGAUGCAAUGGACAGGUGCAGCAGCUUCAAGCACAGUUCAGCCAAAAUACGAGUCACUACGAUGGCCUCUUGGGCGGCAGCUCCAAUGUCGCGAUGAAGCUUUGCGAGCGAAAAUCCAAGGCAGGUGCUUUCCGUGGCACAGCUGAAGCAGCACUGAGCCUGGCGAAAGCUGCCGAGGCACGUCGCCGGCCAGAUCUUCUGGCCCAGCAGCGGCGGCGCCAAGUGCAGCUGGGGCGACAGAUGUCCACCUACUUGCACCAGGAGCGCCUGCGUCUCAGUGCGAUUGCCGACUGCGCACAAGUGGAGGAAGGCUCAGCUUUGCCGGAUCUCACGGUGACAUCACAAGAGGCCUGGCGUGCUGCCCAAGCCUUAUUGCAGCGUGUGGAUGCUUUGGUGGGUCACGAGAAGAAGGAUGUUAGCGCAGAGGCCGCAGAGCCUGCGGUGAGUACUGUUGACGCAGAAGAUUUCUUCUCGAAAAUACCGGAGAAAGAUCGCACGUGUGCUGAUUGCAACUCACAGCACGCCGAGUGGGCUUCAGUGUCUUACGGGAUCUACUUGUGCGUGGAGUGUGCAGGGCAGCACCGGGGCUUCGGCGUUCACUUGAGUUUCGUCCGCUCCGUGGCCAUGGACCGCUGGACUCCAACACAGUUGCGCACGAUGGAAGUGGGUGGCACAGAACGCUUCCUGAAGUUCUUCUCCCACUAUCCUCGACUCAAGGGGCGCAACCGCUAUGCUUCCAAAGCCGCACGGUUCUACAAACGCCGCCUGGAUGCGGAGGUCUCUGGCCAGACGUUCCAGGAAGAUCCACCGGAAGAGGCCGAGGCCUCGCUGCCGGAGGAAACGGACCUGACUGUGGUGGAGACAGAUACGGAAGGGCCAGAUGCAACUUUGGAAACAGAGAGAGUACAGCUGGAGGCCACGUUCCUGGAACUUCAGGGCAAACUGCAGGCUGCCAUGAGUCGAAGCAAUUUCUAGGCACUAGCGGAGCUGUACAUAGAAGUCACCAAAAGCUGUAAUGGAGAAGGCUCAACCUGUGGUGACUGUGGUUGUGUCAUUCCUUGGCACUUUUCAACUUGACCAUCUCCUUUGCCGAACUGGUGCAACCCCGAAAGAGCCUGAGAACAGAAAAGAGCUUGCCCUGUGCGGCCAAAAGAGUGGCCAGGCACUGGGCCAGGCACUUGCUAAGUUGCGAGAAAUGGUCGUCGCUCUGAUUUUCAGCCACACUGACUUUGGAGCAUCAGGAUGUCACAA